CUGACACCUAGUCAAAUCAGUCACCACUUGCGCGGAGCUGAAGAGCCGGCUCGUUCCUCUCCUUCCCGUUCACAUUUCAAAACCUCAAAGCCCCCACAAACUUCGGAAUCGAGGUGAGCGGGAGUUCGGAGAGAUCAACCCGAGGGCCGCCGGCCGAUGGCGAUAGAUCAGCCCAUCAAAAAGAGAGGGAGACCACCAGGUUCCAAGAACACGAAGAACAAGAUGGAGCAGAAGAUGGAACUAGUCCAUCAAAGGCUCGCCUUACUUGACAGCAGCAGUGGCAGCGACAGGGAUGACGAUAUUGGGCCGAGGGCUAUAAUAAUUGAUUGUGAUGAAGAUGAUACGGAUGACGUGAUGGAGGUUGUUCCUUUGAAAAUGCUGAUGCCAAAGGAGGUGGAAAAUGAGCAAAGAACGGUUCCUGGCAUUCCUCAAACAUGCAAUACCCAGAACACUAGCAAUGGACGCACUAACACCACUGAAGUGCCAGUUAAGGGCCAAAAUAAAUGUGCAAGGUAUUCCAGCUCUCCUUGUUCUUCUUAUGAAAAAAACUACUUAUGUAGCUCACAAGCUUGUUCAAUCACACGCAGUUAUCUUCCAAAAAAAUCUAGUGUUCAGGCGUUCUGUGGAUCUGCUAUGAAGAGAGCUCAAGAGAUUCAAACGAAGUUACCAGCAGAGCAUCCUAGCUUUGUUAAACAUAUGUUACAUUCACAUGUUGUCAGCGGAUUUUGGCUGGGUCUACCAGCUGGCUUCUGCAACAAGUAUCUCCCAAAGCAUGACACUGACAUUGUGCUCGAAGAUGAGAAUGGGAACAACCAUAACACAAAUUACCUGGGUGGUAAGCAGGGACUCAGUGCUGGAUGGAGAGGUUUUGCGAUUAACCAUGAUAUCAAGGUUGGCGAUGUUGUGGUCUUUGAGCUUGUGAGCACAACAAAAUUCAAGGUGCAUAUAAUUAGAGAUAAAAACAUCAGCCCAACUGACAGAGCACCCGGUCUCAAGAGUUUUUACGCCUGCAAGAAACGGAAGAUAUCUAAAGAAGCUACUGAUAAUGCCACCAAGCCUAAGGAGGAUCCAGAGACUACUAGAGUCAGUAGCAAAGUGGCUCAUGAUGAUACCCAGAAUCUAGUUCAUGAAGCAAUAGACGGCAUCAGGUUUUCAGACUCAGAGAUGAGCUUUGACGACGUGAUGAGCUACAGUAACUUCAACAUCGUCGUGGACGGCUUGGUCAUUGACUGCAAGUUCCCCGAUCACCAGCGCAGGACGUACUAUGAGCUGUGCUGCGCCCAGAAGUCGUUCCUCCACAGGCAUCUGCUGAGGCAGCUGAGCCUCACGCUCGUCGUGGGGGUGAUCAUGGAGACGAUCAACAUCGCUGAGGGCAUCAGGGCCUGCGGGGCGGGUACCUCCUCGCAAGAGGACUUCCUGAUCUGGAAGAAGACGCUGCAGUCAUUCGACCUGCUGGGAAUGAAUGUUGCGUUCUUGCUCAAGCGCGUUGACGAUAUUCUCGGCCUCCCCGAGCAACCGAGGGAUCCAUCGGAGUGUAGCAAGUACAAUGAGCUGAAGCUUGAGCGGUCUCGUGCUGGGGAGAAGGUGAAGGCUCUGGAGUCCAUGAUGUUGACAGUGAAGGAUGUGCUGAAGAAGAUCGAUGCCGAGAUGGAGGAGAUGGAGUCGAGCGUGAGGAACCAUGACAUUGCGCUGCGGAAGAUCGCCACUGCGCCAUGGUGAUCCUGCUUGACAUCUGGGGUACUUGUCUGAAACAUUUUGGGUUCGUCAUUCAGGGUUUCAGAUGAUGAUGAUGAUGAUGAUGCACUGGGAAACCUUCGUGGUGAGUGACUGAGUGGUGAAUCCUGCUAAACUCAAGGACUGACCACAUUUUUGUGUACAUUUCUUCAGUUACUACCACGCAGCUCAGUGCCUAUCUAGAACUGUUCAGCAGCAAACCUGUCUAGGAAUCAGGAUGCUGUUUUUACACGGUAAAUCGUAUAACAGAAGUUGUAAAUUUUGGGGGGCGAAUGCGCUGUAAGCAGUGCAGGAAAUGCGAGGAAGAAAUGCAGAACACUACUUAAUUAUUUCAGACUCCGUCAUUCAGUGCACCCUGUUCUUGGUGCCUGUUUGGUUGGUCGGUAAAGGAGGCGUGAUCUGAAUACCGGAUGCCACCUUCAGUAAUUUUCAGAUUGUUCUAAUUUACAUAUAACAAAUUUGUCAUUUCUUUUAGCAAGCUUGCAUUUCCAUA